AUGGCAUUCUCCGCCGCGCGGAGGAGCCUGGCCACCAACCUCUCCCGCCACCUCACCUGCCGUCCCCACCCCUCCCUCUCCCACCUCGUCCCUUCCCACCACGACCGCGGCCAAGACCCCUCCUCCUCCGCUGCGCCAAACCCUACCCAGCGACCCGCGCCAUUUCCCUCCGGCGACCUCCGCCGACGCUCGAGGUCCCAAAACCUUCCCUUCCCCCACCUCCUCCCCUUCCCCUUCUGCGCCCGCCGUAGCUUCUCCACCUCCUCCCCGCCCCCGGAUGGCGUGAUCGACGCCGUCGCGCGUCUCAUCUCCGACGCCGCGUCCUCGGUCGCGCCCGCAUUUUCGUCGGAGGAGGUGGCCGCCGCCGCGGCUGACUCGUUUCUCCCAGUCGCGGCCGUGCAGCACCUCAUCGACGCCGUACACUCCAUCACCGGGCUCAACUGGUGGGCUUCCAUUGCGCUGACGAUGUUGUUGGUCCGGACGGCGACCAUCCCGCUGCUGGUGCGCCAGAUCAAGGCCCAGAACAGGCUUUCUGCAUUGAAGCCAGAAAUCAUAGCAAUCAAUAAGGAAGGAGAUUCAAGGGACCCACAAUCGAGGCAUGAUAGGAGGAAGAAAUUGCGUGAGCUAUUAAAAAAGCAUGGUGUUAGUCGAUUGACACCCUUUAACCGUACAUUCCUCCAGGGGUCUAUAAUUUUAAGCUUUUGCUGUGCUAUACGGAACAUGAUAGAGAAAGUCCCUUCUUUGGAAGGAGGUGGAGCAUAUUGGUUUCCUGAUUUAACAACUCCAGAUGAGCUUUACAUCCUGCCGGUGUUGACAUCAAUGACAGUUGCUGUGGACGAGCUCAAUGUGAAGGCGCGCAUCCAGGGACAACCUAUUCUUGUGCAGCAAGUGGGGAAGAACUUGAAUAGAGCACUGGCUUUUCUGAUUAUACCGCUAUCAGUGAGCAUCUGCAAGAUGGCUUCUGAAAUUCGCCAAGGUCUGCCCCAUAACUUGGAAAGUCCACCAGUUAUCCUUCCUACUUGA